AUGUUUUACUCGGAGACCCUGCUGUCCAAGACAGGUCCCCUGGCCAGAGUAUGGCUGUCCGCGAAUUUGGAGCGCAAGCUCUCAAAGAACCAUAUCCUGCAAGCGAGCGUCAAGGACAGUGUCGAGGCCAUUGUCGAACCAAACCAGGCACCCAUGGCUCUCCGAUUAAGUGGUCAACUCCUCCUCGGUGUCGUCCGAAUCUACAGUCGGAAAGCGCGUUACUUGCUGGACGAUUGCAAUGAAGCUCUGAUGAAAAUCAAGAUGGCCUUCCGUUUGUCGGGAAACAACGAUAUGCCGACCGGCAUCCAUAUGCCAUCUCGCGACGCGCUCAUGCUUCCAGAUGUGCUUACGGAGGGCGACAAUCUGGAAAUGCCUCCCCUACCCGACGCGUCAUUCCUGUUCUCACAAAUAGAGGACGACAGCAGACUCACACGCAAGACUCGCGCCGGUAGCCGUGACAUAAAUCUCCAGGAAGACUAUUCUGGCAGCCAGUUUUUGCAAAACAGCAUCGAAACCCAGGACGACGACCUAGCUCUGGAGCCCAUGGAUGAUUUGGAUUUGGGCUUGGACUUGGGACUGGACCUUGACGACUUCGACCCCAAGGCUGUUGAUCGCAGUGUCGAAAUUGGACGAGACGCACCGGCGGCCCGCGCCCCUGAGGAUGACUUGUUAAGCGAGCCGAACAUUGAGGUACCCGCAAAGGACAGUUCGUUUGCGGGAGGCGGUGACUCGUCGUUGAACCUCGAUUUUGGAGGUGGUGACUUUAAUAACGACGAUACAAUCCACAUGGCUGACGAGGACGGUGAUGUCAAUAUGAUGAACAUGGGCGAGGGACCCGAUGGUAGACCCGAUGGUACCCUCACGUCUAUUCCACCAAUACGUCCUGAGCGAAUUUCCGAGUCGCCCCUUUCCGACAUCGACCCGGAAUUUGUUGCGCAAAUCGAGGCAGAGAACAAGUUGGACUCUCAGCUCUAUGAACCUGAACCCGAACCUGAGCGGGAUGAGAGCACUGUGGUCCUUCCCCAACGAAUCCGCCACAAGAAAGUGAUGCGACCAGACGAUGAGACGAUGAUUUCAAAUUCCCAGAUCAAGACUCAGCAAGAACAACACGAGAAGAUCCUGAAACCCCAAUCUUCCAUUCCUCGUGAUCCCGCUCUUCUGGCUUUGAUGGAGAUGCAAAACAACGGUGCAUUCGUCUCGAACAUUAUGGGCGAGGGUCGCAGUGCCAUAUGGGCACCCGAACUUCGAGGCAUGCUUUCCUUGACCGCGAUUCGACAAACUAGCGCUGUAAAGCGUAAGCGCGACAGCGGCAUCGCUGACAUGGGGAGUGGUGACGAGCACGGCCCCCAAAAAUCCCCACGUCUUGACCUAGGCGAAGAAGAGGAUCUCGCUGCAGGCCUAGGCGGUGGCGACGUCGACCGCGAAAACACAGCCAUCGCCGCAGACAGCACCAUAAUCGAAAUGUCCGGGGACGAUGGAAGUGUUGUGCCGAACAUCGAUGAUGACUAUGGGCGGGAUCCCUCCUCCGGCGCGUCCCCUGGCCCCAACUUCGACGAAACAGCAGCGCCCCUCGUCCAUCCUGCCGACAGCGGUCCCGUUUCCCUCGGUACCAAACACGCGGUACAUCUCUUGCGCGACCGCUUCGGCUCUGAAGCAGCCAACAGCCCCGACAAGCGCAAGAAAGCCAGUGUCCUAUUCCAAGAUCUCCUUCCUGAAGCUACGACUAGCAAAGCAGACGCUACAAAGAUGUUCUUUGAAGUUCUCGUUCUCGCUACCAAAGACGCGGUGAAGGUCGAGCAGCAAGAAGCAUUACUCGGUGGCCCCAUCCGUGUACGUGGCAAGAGGGGUCUGUGGGGUGAUUGGGUGGAGCGGGAAGCUGGUGGUGAGAUUGCAGAGGAAGAGCCAGCGCCUAAUGCCGGUCUGGAGCGCUCGGUGGCUCCAGCUAUUGCUGCGUAA